AGGAAGAAAGUGGGCUGUUCAAGAUUUUGGUGUGCAUAAUUCUCUGCCCCCCAAUCCCUCUUUACUUUGCUUCCUUCGCUGGCGGACGGAGCUCAAGUCGUUCUUUAGCUUUUUCAAUUCAACUUGGGAAAUCCUCGUACCUGACAACCCAUUGUCUAAUUUCAUUCAAAUUUGGUGGAAAAAUAAUUAUUAGAAGUUGCAGCUGUCGAGUCUGCUUCAAAAUACAGAGGUCCGCAGAAAGGAUACUUUGUGAGGGUCGUUUAAAUGAGAUUGGAGAUGCUCCUGUCUUUACUGCUGUGUGCCAUCUGUCCGCUCGUCCUACCGUCCUCCUCUACCCCCAGCCAAGCCUCAGAUGACUCCAGACUCCUACAGGUGACCAUCCCUACGACCCCUCCCUUAUCUGCCGUCUUGGGGGGCUCUCUUACCCUACCUUGCCUGGUGUCUCUGUCCCACCCGCCCCCCAACACAAAUGGCCGCCACGCCGUACUCUCCCUACCCAGGGUCAAGUGGAGCGUGCUGUCCCAGGGACACGAGACUGAGAUCCUGGUGGCCCGAGGGGACAGGGUGAAGGUCAGCGAGGACUACAAGGACCGAGCCUCCCUGCUCCAUUACGUCUCCUCCCCAGCCGACCUCACCCUGAGGCUGGAGGGCCUGCAGUACAACGACUCUGGCUUCUACCGCUGUGAGGUGCAGCAGGGCCUGGAGGAUGCCGACGAUGUGGCUCAGGUCAAGGUCAAAGGGGUGGUGUUCCACUACCGGGAUGCUUCCAGUCGCUAUGCCUUUACCUUUACACAGGCCCGGGACGCCUGUGAAGAGAUCGGGGCUCACAUCGCCACCCCAGAGCAGCUCUUGGCAGCCUACCACAGUGGCUAUGAGCAGUGUGAUGCGGGCUGGCUCUCAGACCACUCAGUGAGAUAUCCCAUCCAGAUGCCACGGGAGGGAUGUUUUGGAGACAUGGACGGGCAUCCUGGAGUGAGGAAUUAUGGGCUGCUGGAACAUGAUGAGCUGUACGAUGUAUACUGUUAUGUGGAGAAUAUAGAGGGGGAAGUGUUCCAUGGCUCUUCCCCCCGAAGUUUCACCCUGUGGGAAGCUAAGGCCUAUUGUCUGGCUCAGGGAGCGGAGCUGGCUACCACAGGUCAGCUGUAUGCAGCCUGGAAUGACGGACUGAACGCCUGCAGCCCGGGGUGGUUGGCUGAUGGGAGUGUUCGCUACCCCAUUGUCACUCCCAGGGAGCGUUGUGGUGGAGGGGAGCCUGGGGUCAGGACUGUCUAUCGCCAUUUGAACCAGACAGGCUUUCCAGAGGCACACACUCGCCACGACACUUACUGCUUCCGAGGCAACAGCAACACUCACACCGAAUCUCCCCAUGAUUACCUGGCUACAGAGCCAGAGGACAUCGGCCAGGACAUUGUGACGCUGUCUGAGCCUCUGGAGGAAUUCAGCCUGGGUCAGGUGACAGAGCAGGUGGUGAGCAAAGAAGCUCAGGGCUCCCUGUCUGCCAUCCUUGUUCCAGAGGAGCAGCACGCAUCAGUGCAUAUAGAGGAGCAAGGGGCUGUCCCUGGGGAGCAGUACCCAGAGCAGAGGGCUGUCCCUGGGGAGCAGUACCCAGAGCAGGGGGUUGUCCCUGGGGAGCAGUACCCAGAGCAGGUGGCUGUCCCUAGGGAGCAGUACCCAGAGCAGGUGGCUGUCCCUGGGGAGCACGGAGAAGAACAGGGGCUUGUUCCUGGAGAACACGGAGCGGAGCAGGGGGCUGUUACUGAGGAGGCAUACACCAAGGAGGAUGGAGAGGAGCAAGGGGCUGUGCCUGGGCAGCACGGAGAUGAACAGGGGGUUGUUCCUGGGGAGCAGUACCCAGACCAGCCUGGAGAGGAGCAGGGGGCCGUCGAUGGCCAGGGCCCUACUGUUGUCUAUCACGCCCUACCCUUUCCGGUUGAACCCCAAGACCCAUUCACCCCCACAUCCUUCCCCCAAGACCUGGAGCCCACAGAGGACACCUGGCAGCCGGUGAAAGAGGUCAGCAACCCAGAAACAUAUCAUCCUGCCCCUGAGGGGGCAAACGUAGACUUAAACUACCCAGUCACACCCUAUGAUGAGCUGAAUGCAAACCCAACACUGUAUCCACCUUCUCGCGAGACAAAUUAUGACUCAGGUGAUCUUACAACUGCUCAUGAAGACAACAUUAGUAGCCUCGAUCCCUACCAGCCCUUGUCAGAGUCAAACGUGGAAUCAGGAGAGCUCUCAAUAGAGGGUGUUCCAGGGACUGCUCUGGAGGCCCCCGUGCCCACCACAGGGUAUGAGGAGGUGGACGGGUCCAGUGAUCCACAGCCCAUGCCUGGCACAACCCCUGAGAGUGAUGAGUCUCAGUAUGGUAUUUCAGAGGACAGCCAUCUGCAAACAGGGAUCACCCAGGAGACCGAACACUACACUUUUACCUCUGAGACUGCAGGCUACAAUGUAUCAGGAGGUGAAACCACUACUAGUCAUGACAGCUCUCCAGAGGAGCAACUGGAAAGUGGGCUGCCCACACCUCCUGAGGAGGACCACUCCGGAGAUGAGCAUGUCAUCCAGGAGCAUGUCACAGACACAGACUCGGUCUACCCAAGCACCUCUUACGACCUCUCAGGAGGGUCCAUCAGGCCUGAGGGAGCCAUCGCUGGGGGUGUUGAGGAGACAUCUGUAUCCACUUCACCUCACGAGGAAACAGAGCUCUUCCCUGACCAGACCACCACUCAGCCUCCAUACUGGGAGAGCACACCUGAAUACCGGCGUACCAACUCUGUGGACCACAGUGCCAGUGUCCUUCUCCCUGAGGAGCAUACCACAUCACUGGACUCAUUGGUCCUCCAGACAGGGGAGAACAGUGGCUCUGCUACGGCUGAGUCAGGAGACCUGGCUACCCUAAGCCCAGUGGAGAUGGACCCCUAUGAACUGAUCCCUACCUCUGAAUUUGCUUUUGACCCCACUCAGGAGCAGUCUGGUGUCACGUCACCCGACUCCUCUACCCUAGAUGAGCAUGUGGAGCAGGAGGCAGGAGGCACAGUGGACUCAUUACCAGAGGUUUCCAUGGGCUCCACUGACCUGGGUUCAGUUCCAACUGACAAAGUCCUCACAGUUACUUAUGACACUGGCUCUAUUGAAGCCUCUGGGGUCCACGAGGGAAUGCUUGACGUUACCCUCUUGACAUCCCCCAAACCUAUUACCUAUUCCCCCCCGACCCAGCGAUCCAUGGAAGCAGAGGCCAGCUCCCCAGGUGACUUCAUAACCUUCAUCCCAGAAACCAGCGUUCCAUCUGGGUUUGAUCCCCUGGAGGAAGGGCUGGAGAAGGUGGAGCAAGAGGGGUUGGGUGAAAUCCCAGAAGUAGUUGAAACUACUACCCCAGAGACAGCUUCUGGUGAGGAGGGGAGUGGAGAUGAGCAGAAUGGUCAGGAGGUGAGUGGAGAAGAGGAGAGUGGUCAGGAGGUGAGUGGAGACGAGGAGAGUGGUCAGGAGGCGAGUGGAGACAAGGAGAGUGGUCAGGAGGCGAGUGGAGACGAGGAGAGUGGUCAGGAGGCGAGUGGAGACGAGGAGAGUGGUCAGGAGGCGAGUGGAGACAAGGAGAGUGGUCAGGAGGCGGUUGGAGACAAGGAGAGUGUUCAGGAGGCGAGUGGAGACAAGGAGAGUGGUCAGGAGGCGAGUGGAGAUGAGGAGAGUGGUCAGGAAGCGAGUGGAGACAAGGAGAGUGGUCAGGAGGCGAGUGGAGACAAGGAGAGUGGUCAGGAGGCGAGUGGAGACAAGGAGAGUGGUCAGGAGGCGAGUGGAGACGAGGAGAGUGGUCAGGGGGCGAGUGGAGACAAGGAGAGUGGUCAGGAGGCGAGUGGAGACGAGGAGAGUGGUCAGGGGGCGAGUGGAGACAAGGUGAGUGGUCAGGAGGCGAGUGGAGACAAGGAGAGUGGUCAGGAGGUGAGUGGAGACGAGGAGAGUGGUCAGGAGGUGAGUGGAGACGAGGAGAGUGGUCAGGAGGUGAGUGGAGACGAGGAGAGUGGUCACGAGGUGAGUGGAGAUGAGGAGAGUGGUCAGGAGGUGAGUGGAGAUGAGGAGAGUGGUCAGGAGGCGAGUGGAGACGAGGAGAGUGGUCAGGAGGCGAGUGGAGACAAGGAGAGUGGUCAGGAGGCGAGUGGAGAUGAGGACAGUGACCAGGAGCUGAGUGGAAAUGAGGACAGUGACCAGGAGGUGAGUGGCCAAGAGGGAGUAGAGUCCGGCUCAGGCGAGGAGCACUCUGCAUCUGCUGAUUCUGCUGAUUCUGGAGAAAGCUCACGGAUCCUUGAACCAGAAGUCCCAUACAUCAAUGAAACUGUCACUCCCAUCAAUGGCACAACUGUCAAUAGCACAGAUGAAAGCGAGCCUGAGUCGAGCACAGAUGCGCCUUCUACUGACAUGGAGAUCACGCUGCUCCCUGAUUUGUACCAGACCCCCAUGCCCUCCCCCACCGUACCCCAGGAGUCCCGGGCCGAUGCAGAUCUGGAGUACAGUGGGGAGACCUCAGUCACGGAGGACCCUGACUCCAUCACUCCACCCACUGAGGAGCCUGAAGAGACCCCCAGCCCGACGCCCACCACAGAGGACUACGAUGACCAGACUACGACGGCAGCACCCCUAUAUCCAGAGGACGUUGAUGAGGAGAAACUGAUUACCACUUCUACUACUCCAAGAUUUGGGAACAUUUCAGAUGCCUGCCUAGAUAAUCCUUGUUCCAACGGGGGAACAUGUGUGGACAGUGGGUCUUCAACCAAGUGCCUUUGCUUGCCCACCUAUGGAGGAGACAUGUGCCAGACAGACCUGGAGGUGUGUGAGCCGGGUUGGGAAAAGUUCAUGGGCUUCUGUUACCAACAUUUCACCAAGCGUCAGGGCUGGGAGGUGGCAGAGCAGCACUGUCGUUUGUGUGGCGGUCACCUGAUCUCGGUCAUGACCCCUGAGGAACAGGACUACAUUAAUGAUAAGUACAGAGAGUACCAGUGGACGGGACUGAAUGACAGGACCAUAGAGGGAGACUUCCGCUGGUCUGACGGGAAUCCUCUGUUGUAUGAGAACUGGUACCGGGGCCAGCCGGACAGUUACUUCCUGUCUGGAGAGGACUGUGUGGUGAUGGUAUGGCAUGACGGGGGGCGCUGGAGCGAUGUGCCCUGUAACUACCACCUCUCCUACACCUGCAAGAAGGGCACCUCUUUCUGUGGCCAACCCCCCAUCAUUGCCAAUGCCAAGGUGUUUGGUAAGUCGCAUCUGCGCUACGAGACCAAUUCCAAGGUGCGUUACUACUGUGAAGAAGGAUUCCUCCAGACACAGAACCCCGUCAUUAAGUGCCUAUCCAACGGCGAAUGGGAGGAGGCUUUGAUCACCUGUCACCCUGCCCUGACCAACUUGGCAGAGCGAGAGCAGAAGGUCACAACGCCCCCCUAUCAGAAUGAGGGGGUGGAGGUGGUGGACACAGCCACGGAGAAAGCCACUUCAGGGUUCUGGGACAUCAAGUGGAACUAAUAAGCUCAUCAAACUCAAUAUGCCCCUUCCCUCUGCCCCCUUCCCUGGAAUCCUAUGUUCCACUCAAAGACUGUCCAACCUUGUCCCUCCAACAAGGUGGAGCCUUGUAAAAUAAAUGUUCUCCCUGAGAACGAGUCAUCACAUUCCUGUCACCAGCGCUUUCCAGGAUAAACCCAUUUAGAACAUCAACAGACUUGAUGUUACUCGGACCUAGUGCCGAUCGAUCACACUUACAAUAAGAGUACAUCCCAACAUAAGGCCACGAUUAGAGGGAAUGGAUCGAAUUUGCACAGUACAGUUUGUCAUUGGAAUGAGCUUUAACGAAGAUGUCCCAUCCAUCAUUUGGGCUUGUUUGUUGUAUAAGGAUAUGUGAUUGUUGACUAGUGAAAUUCUUUGAUAUCCACCUGUGCUACGACACUGUUGGAUUACUGUAUUUGACUGAGUAACAUAUAUUAUGACAUGUUUAUGAGGGUGUACAGUAAGAUUUUGAUAGAGAGUUUCAGAAAAGUGCAACCUAAAUCUCAACCUCAGCUGGUCUGACAUUAACCGAAGCCACUUUCCCACCCUCUGCCACAAAGUCAGAAUUAAGAUGUCCACUUCCGUAUGCUAUUGUAUAAGAAAAUCUCCUUGUCAAUCCAUAUCUUCUCAAUUCCUACAACACAAAGCAUUUUCUCAACAUGUCCUCUUAUCUGGUGCUUUGUUUUAUCAGGUGUCUUACGAACUUUGGACCCAAUAUUAGAAGCCAAUUUCCACUUUUAAAGUACUUGGUUUGAAAAUAGCCAGAAUCCAAAGUGUGUUUUUUUAUACUCUCGUAAAACCGUAAUCACUAAGAUACUAGGAAGAACAUGUGAAAAUGUCCACAAUGGUAUUUCUGUUUUCAUGCACCAAUGAUGUCAUUGUCUUAGUUCCAGUGGAAGUAAUACUGUACGUUGGAAGUGUUUAACAGUAAUCAAAUAAUGCUAAUUGUAAAUCCCAUUUGUGACUGCACAAUUGCAUAUUGAACUUGUUAUGAAAGAAAACAUGUAAUUGUACAACUAAUUAAAAAGGAGAUGGAUUAAAUAAGAAAAAUAUAGUUUUUGGAGAGUAGAAAAUAAAUAUCUAAUAAAAUGAAUUGAUUACAAUGUA